CUGCACGGAACCGGAAAGAUUCGAUGCCAAGGUCGACCGGCGGCGACGGGCUCGAUGGCGGCUGGGACACCUUCCUCGAUGGCUUCGAGAUGGGCGAGCUCAAGACGCUCUGCUACGCGCCGAUCCAGACCAAGGUCGAGACGCGCUGGGAGCGUCGGAAGCGGCGCGAGCUCGCCGCCACGACAAAGCGCGCGUAUCGGUACGUGGCGCUGCGUGCGAAGCCACCAAUGGCAAUCUUCACGUCCGAAGUACCGUACCCACUGCCGCCGUCGGCCGGCAAGGCGCAGGCGACAUGGACGAGCUACCGGCGGUCGGUCUCGACGACGUCAACGACGCUAGUGCACCUCGCCAACGAGACGAUCGUCGAUGACUUUUAUACGCACGUUUUGGCCGCGCAUGAAGCGACGCUUGCGUGCGCGACGGCCGAUGCAGUACACCUCGUGACGGCCUCGGGCCAGCGCGCUCGGCACGGUGUGCUCCACGCCUCCUCGCCAUCCUCGUCGGUUGCAGCGCUCGGCUCGAUUGCAUGGCUCUCGUCCACGCAGCUCGCCCUUGGUGCGAGCGACGGCGCCUUGUACCGCUACGACCUCCCGACGAUGGCGCGUCUCGAUGUCGUACCCGCAGCGCAUCUUGACCGCAUCGACGUCAUCGCCAGCGAUGGCCACGGGUGCUACACGGGCGCGCGCGAUGGCUCGAUCGCGCACUGGGACUUCCGCCUCCCGCAUCCGAAAUCGUAUGAGCGUACCGACCACUCGCAAGGCGUCUGCGGCCUUGCGCUCUCCGCCGACGGCACGCGGCUCGCGUCCGGUGGCAACGACAACCUCGUGUGUCUCUUUGACACGCGGCAGCGGCGCGUAGAGCACCUCCUGCAAGGCCACAGCGCCGCGAUCAAGGCGCUGGCGUGGAACCCGCACGAGCGCUGCGUCCUCGCCACCGGCGGCGGCCUCGCCGACAAGAGCCUCAAGUGCUGGUACGCCGUCACGGGCGCGCUGCUCUGCUCGGCGCCCACGUACGGCCAAGUGUCGGCGCUGCUUUGGCCGACAAACCAAAAGCACGAGAUCGUGACGGUCGGUGGGCUUGGUGCCGACGCGGUCCAGCUCUGGAGCUACCCGUCGGGCAAGCGCGUGACGAGCGUGCCAGCCCCAUCGAAAGGGCGGCUCCUCGACGGAGCUCUCUUUGGCGACCACGUGGUGACGCUAAGUGCCGAUGGCACGCUGCAGCAGUACGAGCUUGUGCUCGACCGAAAGCGGCGAUCGCCUCCGUCCGAGACGGGGACGCCCGACACACCGGACGAACGACAACGUCGUCGCCGUCUUCGCAUGUUGUGAGUGUAGUAUGACACGUAGUGAACGAAUGUCUCGUCUUUGUAUCUCAA